AUGAAUGCGAAGGGUGCUUCGUUGGAAAUCGUCAAGAAUGCCUACAAGCAGCUAGCCCUCAAAACACAUCCAGAUAAAAAUCCGGGAAAUGAGGACGCCACCGCCCAAUUUCAGCGCUUGAGCGAGGCAUACAAUGUUCUCGUCAAGCAUCUAGAUAGCUCGUCGGCACCCUUCCGAGGCCGUGGAUAUACACACUCAUCCGACUCUUAUGACGAGUAUGGUGACUACGACGAUUUUGAAGAUGAGUAUGAUGACUACGAAUCUGAAUCCGAAGACAUCCACUUUUACAUGUGGUUAUUUGAGCGGUUGAUGAGAGGGAAUACGAGUCGGUAUUCUCAUACACGUAGGGGCUCAGCGUUUCGCAUUUGCCUCUGGCUGAUCUUCGAGGCAGAGUAUCGCCGUCGUCGACCAUCGUUCCACGAAACUCCAGAAGAACAUCAAGCCCGCGUACGUCGAAUGUGUGAGGAGCAAGAACAGGCGGAGAGUCGCCGUAUACGCGAGGAACAGUUGCGUAAAGUGACAGCCGAAGAGGAACGCGAAAGAGGCGUGUUGCAUUGCUUUGUAACGAUGAUGUGUAUUGACAUCAUUUCACACUUAGAACGGAAGGAAGCAGAAUUACGACAGAAGACAAAGGCAAUGAACAAGAAAGCACAGGCCAUUGCGGCUCAGAAAUCGGCGGAACAAAAGGCACGCGCUCAGCAUCAACAUCUUCAAAUGUUGCGUUCUGAGGUGUUUGACGCUGCCCGGCGAGGGGAUGUUGAGAAGGUAAAGAAAGGUAUAUGGGAGGAUAAUGUCGAUGCAGCGGGUGGCGAGAUUAGGAAGGGGUCUGAGGCGUUCAUUGUCCGAUCAUUACAAGAUGAACAAGAGACAUUACUACACAUCGCGGCCAAGAACGGGGAUUUAUGUUUGGUCGAGUGGCUAGACUCACAUAGUGCCGAACCCGACGAACGAGAUUCCAAUGGCUUCACUGCCUUUCAUGUCGCCUUGAUGCAUGGACAUAUCCUCAUUAUGCGCCACUUUUUGUCAACAUAUCCUCCCGAGGAUAGUGACAAUGAGAAGGUAUAUAGCCGUCCGCCAACGAAGUCACUGCUACGUCUUGCGUUGGACUCCCACAAACUGGAAGCACUCUGGAUGGUUCUGUAUAAACAGCUCGCAAGUAGCGAGGAGAUAAUCGAUGAGUGGGUAUAUGUGAAUUCCGGAGAUGGAAGAGCAGCAAUUUUGGGAGAUGUCAACAGGGAAUGCGAAAAUGAAGGGAAGUUGGAGGAGAUUCAAGAUCUUUUUAUGAAGCAUUGCGGGCUCAAGCUUCCUGAAGUCAACCCUGCAUCUGCAGACAGGUUACCAGAUAACAAUUCCCCCCACCAAACCUCAUCCGCGCGUGAUUCUUCUGGUUUGCAGACACCGUUAUCCAGUGAUCAUAGUCAUACCGACGACAUUUUGAAGGGGACACUUGAUUCUCGCCGCGGUAUUCCUCGCCAGAGGCGACCAUAUAAGAAAGCUCAACAGCCACGCGAUACUGGUCUCUCCUCAGCUCAUGGACCAGCUACUCCAAAUCAACCGCGUUAUCAACCACACAUGAGGGAAAUUGCUGAGAUUGAGCUGGCAAUUCAGGGUGGGACGGAAAAAAUCGAGACCUUGGGUGAACAAGGAAAGGUAGAUGAAUCGAUGCGCGAGAUGGCCGCUAUAGAGGCUCUCAAGAGCGAGAAGGCGGAUAAGGAGCGUGAAUUGCAACAAUUAACCGAUACGUCUGGCGCAUCUGGGCACCAAAAAUUGCGGGUUUGUGACGUAUGUGGUGCAUACCUGUCCGUUCUGGAUUCAGAUCGUCGUCUCGCAGAUCACUUCGGUGGCAAGAUGCAUUUAGGAUAUCACGAGCUGCGCAAAAUGUUGAUCAAGUUCAAGGAAGAGCGAGAGAAGCGCAAAAUGGCUCCUCCUGCAACCAUUCCCUCCACAGGGUCCGCGACCAAUGGUGGUGUCCCGCCGGCUGCCGGUGGGGUGCCUCCUCGCGACUUCCGAUCGACACGAGAUGAUUACCGCGACCGCGAGCGUGAUAGAGGAUAUGAUAGACAUCCGUCUCGCUAUGAAUCCGUAUUUCUUGUAAUCGGGUAUCUAUGGAUUCUUGCCAUCCCUGCACCCCAAUUUGGUCAGAGGACGUACAUUGACGAGAAUGCCCUGCAGCCUGGGCAGGUAAACACCUUCUGGGACUGGGAGGAUGUCCAUCGUGCCGAUCAGUAUCUUUCUACAUUAGACUACCUGUGUAGUCGUGAAGCCACAAGUGACGAGAUAUCUGAAUAUUUGAUUUCCGAAUUCGAGAAAAUUGGACUACCUGCAUCAAAGCAACGUUUCUCCUUUACAACAACCUUUGGGAGUUUGAAUGGCACGAAUUCAUAUGCUAUUCUGUCUUCUCCUCGCGCCUCGGGUUCAGAGGCUAUGAUCAUUAGUGCUUCAUGGUUGAGCAGGAUUGGUGAAGGAGAUGGAACACGCAAUCUUCGUGGUAUUUCUACCGUAAUGGCAUUAGCUGCUUUUCUGAAAAAUCAUUCGCUGUGGGCAAAGGAUCUGAUAUUUGUCAUCAGCGAUGGCUACUUGGAAGGCAUGCAGGCUUGGACCGCAGCAUAUCAUGGUAAUCGUCAAUCGAAUCUCUGGACAGAACCGUUGGAUUUAUACUCAGGUGUCAUUUGGACGGCGUUGAGUAUUGACUACCCGGGGCACUCGUUUUCGCAUCUUGGCGUAUUUUAUGAAGGUCUCAAUGGUCGUCUACCAAAUCAGGACCUCAUCAAUUCGUUCCAACUGAUCUCGAAGUACACUGGUGGCGUGCCGGUGGUCGUUCAUGAUCAGCUGGAUCCUCACGAGUUCCCAUCUCGUCGAUACGAGCUGAAUGGUCUUCUAUCCUGGCUUUUCGAUUUUAUCAAGAAUCACAAACAUCUCAGCGAAUACGUUUACCGAGCCAGAAAUGUUCUGCGACAUGUUGGAUAUCAGGCUCGAGGUAGAGCAAGCGGUACACAUGGAUUGAUGCAUCAGUAUCGGAUUGACGCAAUCACCGUUUUCGCUGUUCCAGCCCCAGGUCCCCAUGGGUUCCAUGCUAUAGGGCGCAUCAUCGAGUCAACGUUGAGAACGACAAAUAACUUGCUGGAACGUCUUCACGCGUCUUUCUUCUUCUACUUACUAGUCGGCAGUGCGACUUUCCUCAAGAUUGGUGCAUACUUACCCAGCGCUAUCAGUAUCAGUACCGCGAUGUUGAUUGCGGGAUUGAGGGAAUGGGUCAAUAGUGGCUGGCUACUGACUUCAUCAGUCCUUGAGCACAAACCAGACAAAUUGCAUAUUAGCCUUAACGCCACUCAUGAUGGAAGACAGUGGAUCCGGAGAGAGAGACUGGUGCUCCCGGUUGUUGCUAUAAUGGUUACAUCUCAUUUGUUCGGCGCUAUGCUGUUCUUUUUGGUUACAAGAUUAUGGUUUAUUGCUAGUCCAGCAGUAUCCAGAUGGCUUCUGUUUGCGGUCGUCUGUGCACUUCCUGUCCGCCCUAUCAGAUGCCUUCUAACAGCACCGGACCUCCCCCAUAUGUUGAAAUUCUUCAAUCUGUGUCUGGCAUCAGCAGUUAUCUCCGUAAUCUCACUGCUCAACUUCUCUCUUGCCGCGGUCCUCGCCGUCAUAUUAGGACUACCGCUUUGUCUAUCAUCUCCCAGCACAAAUAUCAAGACUGGCCUUCUAAAGUUCGCUGUAUAUAUCCUCCUGGGAUUCGGAUGGCUCAUCAGAGAUCAGACAGAACUACACAAUGCUGUAGUGGAUUGGGAAGUCCUCGAAGUAUGGUUUGCCCCGUUCUUUUGCAUAGUUUAUGCGCCUUUGUUAUUUCAGGCAGCGAUCGUCUGCCUGCUACCCCUUAGCAAUUCAGUGUGA